AUGGUGGAUCGCUUGGCAAAUAGUGAAGCAAAUACCAGACGUAUAAAUAUAGUAGAAAACUGUUUUGGAGCAGCUGGUCAACCCUUAACUAUACCUGGACGGGUUCUUAUUGGAGAAGGAGUAUUGACUAAGUUGUGCAGAAAAAAGCCCAAAGCAAGGCUUUUCUUAUUUAAUGAUAUUCUUGUAUAUGGAAAUAUUGUCAUCCAGAAGAAAAAAUAUAACAAACAACAUAUUAUUCCACUGGAAAAUGUCACUAUUGAUUCCAUCAAAGAUGAGGGAGACUUAAGGAAUGGAUGGCUUAUCAAGACACCAACUAAAUCGUUUGCCGUUUAUGCUGCCACUGCCACUGAGAAAUCAGAAUGGAUGAAUCACAUUAAUAAAUGUGUUACUGAUUUGCUCUCCAAAAGUGGGAAGACACCCAGUAAUGACCAUGCUGCUGUCUGGGUUCCUGAUUCUGAGGCAACUGUAUGUAUGCGUUGUCAGAAAGCAAAAUUCACACCUGUUAAUCGUCGUCACCAUUGCCGCAAAUGUGGUUUUGUUGUCUGUGGGCCCUGCUCUGAAAAGAGAUUUCUUCUUCCCAGUCAGUCCUCUAAGCCUGUGCGGAUUUGUGACUUCUGCUAUGACCUUCUUUCUACUGGGGACAUGGCCACAUGCCAGCCUACUAGAUCGGACUCUUACAGUCAAUCAUUGAAGUCUCCUUUAAAUGAUGUAUCUGAUGAUGAUGACGAUGAUGAUAGCAGUGACUAAGGACAUAUUUUGAAAUAUUUAAAAUAUUUCAAAAUUUUAAAAAAUUUUGUGACUAUCUGAGAAAUCAGUUUUGGGAGGAAUGUAGAAUUAAUUCUGAGUUCUCUUUCAGUUUUACUCUAGCCAUGAAUUUGCCUGAGAAACUUUUAACUUUCGUGCCUCAAUAUAUUCUAUAGAAAAUAGGUCCUAUUAUCAUCCCUCCCAACCCCACUGCUGCCACCACUCCCUCUCUCCCCCCGAACUCUCCACUCUUCUACGGGGAUAGCCUAUUACAAGUAUAACAGAUAAAUUUUUGGUUUCUUAUUCUUGUUUAAUUCUACAUCAUUUUCUUGGAAGGUUGGGAAAAGAUGUUUAUUUAACAGAUCAUGUAUCAUCUUGUUGUUUAUUAUAUGUUUUGUUAUAUGGAAAAACUAAAAGCAAAGAAUGAUGGAAAAAGGAGUAUAAUGUGGUUAGUUAAUAUUAUUAGCUUUUUUUCUAACCAUUCUAUCUGAUGAUUAAGACACCAAUAAUAUAAAUACAUGAUUGGAAGUACUUUUUGGCUUUUUCAUACACCAAGUGGUGCCUUAUUGUAGCGCUGGUUACAUGAAAUAAGUCCCUACCUUCUCACUUUAUAGUAUGUUUUAAAAAUACACUGGUGGCUCUUUGAGGUGGUAAAAUGAGUGUUUAUGAUUGGGGUAGAGUUAGAAAAUACUAGUCAUCUGAUAACUACAAAUAACUAAAUUUAGAGGUUCUUCAUUCUAUAUGAAUAAAUAUUUUUCCAUAAAAUACUUGUGAUUAUAUUUUUACAUUUUAUAGUUACCAAAUUAUAAUUGUCAAAUAUAAAUUUCAAAUUAAUAGGUUAUUCUAAGAGUUUGGUUUGAAAUUUAUCAAAUAUAGAAUUGCAUUGCAUUAGUUUCUAUUUUUAGUAAGACAUUUGUAGGUAUAAAUUCAUCUGCUGUAAUAUUAUUUCCAGAAUGUAAAAAUUUUAUAAAAUUGUUGAAAUUAAUCUGUUAUAAAAACCCUGUGUUAGAGCACAAAUCUACUUAAGCUGAGAUUUGGAAGAAAUCAUAUGUAAGAAUAGUCAAGACAGACCAAUUAAGUUUGACUAGACUUCAUAUCUGUGGGAAUAUUGUCUAUUUCGGUGUGAAACUAUCUUGGAUUUACAAAUAUAGUGUUAUAUUUUAUAAAGUUUUGUAAGGUCCCAAACAAUAUUUCUAUUUUUGUAAAACAAUUGUUUAUCUAAUUCAUUUUGCAAUGUAUGGAAAUAGAGUAGCAAUUGAUCUUUCUAAAUUGUGAACUUUACUGAGUCAGUCUAGAUUGCUUUUGAGAAGUGGUAAUUUUUCACUCUGUUUUUGAGGCAGCCACUAGGUUGAUAUUAUUUAUCAUAUAAACUUGAUGCAUUUGCACUACUUUCUCCAUUUGUAUGCUGCAAAUAACGAGUCUUUCAAAUACAAAAAAUCAGUCUAUAAAGAUUGUUUUAAAUUCUAAAUUCUUUUGUUUUUAAACCUUUAAAUCUGGAUAUAUUGUAUAUGUUAUGAGAAGUUUGAUUCAGUAACUUGUGUUGGAAGAUUCUUUGGUUGGUUAAGGCACUAGCUUUACUGUUAAAUUGUGAAAGCAUCUGAGACAUGUAGGAGAUGUGAGAGAAAAGCACAACAGGUUUUUUUUGUUUGUUUGUUUUACUAUCAGGACUUUUGUGUCCAAGCAAUAUGUCAUAUAAUGAACACAUCUAAAAAGGACCAUGAAACCUGAGAAGUGCUAAUAGAGACUUGCUGGUACAUAGAAACUUAGCAAAUUUAGGAACCAAGGGGAAAUGUUCUGUGAUAACAUUUGCAUUGUCAACCUGUAUUGACUUUUUUAACAAUAAAAAUACUUUACUACUUACUUUCUGUUUUGUGCGUGUUGUAACUUGAAGAUUUUUUUCCCUCUUGCUAAGGUAAUGGAGAGGUUAUGCAGUUUUCCCCUCAUUCAACAGCUUUGAGUACCGUCUGUGUGCCAGGCAUUGUUCUAGGCCCUCAGGGUAGAGCAGCGAACA